GUCAAUGUCGCAGUCACAAGUAGCAAGUCAACUGUUCAACGCGGACCAUCCAUCGAAGUAGAAAUGCGCCGAAAGUCUGUUGAAUGAAGAGUAUGGGAUGUGUGUCAACCAGACCUGAACUGGAAGAAAAUUCAAGAAUAUUCCGUGUUGUGAAUGUGGAUACUUCUGGCCAUCAUUUGCGACGUGGUCGUCUGGAAAUAACUGAUUCUCAACUGAUCUUUCAUCAGAAGGGAGGAGGAGUGGUGAUUCGUUGGCCCCUUACAUGCCUUCGACGUUAUGGUUUUGACUCGGAGAUCUUCUCAUUCGAAUGUGGAAGGAGAUGCGCCACUGGUUCAGGAGUCUAUGGAUUUAAGUGCAGACGUGCCGAAGCACUCUUUACCAUGCUUCAAGAGUCCAUCAACCAUCCUCCACCCCAGACCACCGAGCAGCAGCAGCAGCCACCCAUCACUUUGGUACCUGUAUCAUCGAACGGUGUCCUGCCCUCCUCUCCAACCGUCGAUGAAUCUGGUUAUCUAGAACCCAUCACCUCACGUCUCUCAUCCAGACGAAAUAACAAUAACAGAACGGUUUCACCCGGUGGAUAUGUGAGCAUCCACGAAUCUCCGGUCAGUGAGUGGCCGUUGCCUCGUUGCUGUAGUCUAGGGGCUCAUCACUAUGUCAACAAUGAGGUCAUAGAACAGGAGUCUGCUGAGCAGCCAGAAGAAAGUACAUACGUGAACAGUGCCGUGGUGAGUCCCCUCUGCCGCAAUUCUGUUGACAUCAACACGAAUUACGCCAAAUUAGACGAUUUGUUGAAACAAGAGCAACAUUUCUACGUGAACGUGAAACCAGAUAGGACUAGUCCCCCCCACAAAGUGGUGGCGCCAACAGAACAACCGAAUGAAGUCAACUACGCUGAGUUGGAUUUGGAUGCAACCGAAUCGGGACAAUCGAAUCCAAACAGCCUGCAUUCCCUCACCAGUUCUCCCGCUAAAUCACCGGAGGGUUAUGCUCAGAUCGAUUUCGAUAAAACUGUUGCUCUCUCAAACUCUGCAAAUCCUUAUCCGUCUUUCAAUGACGAUAGCAUGCGAAAAACUAGACAUAAUGCUGUGAUACCGUCUCCAUAGUUUUCACAUUCAAAAAUAAAAUUUCUAAUAAUUAAAUGUCUUCAAAUAGGGUAGAUUAGAAAAGUUUGUACUCAAUCCUGUAUUCCUCUGAAAAUACUUAUUUUCUUUAUGGAUGUACAAAAUAUUCAUUCAACAAGUUUCAUGUUGUAAAAAAAUGUUAUGCUUGUAGAUACUAAUGUGUUGAAAGUCAUGGAAUUAUUUUAUAUCAGUUAUUUGACACUCAUAUUUAUUUCAGCAUUCAUACAUUUGAAAUAUCAAACCGAAUAAAUUCAGUCCAUACAA